UUUUGAGUAUAUCCCAAAAAGCAAGAAAAGCUAACAAAACCCGUUCUCUCGCCGACAGCCGCAACGAUAACCCUCAUUCCCUCGUUCCUCUGCUGGAAGAAGACGGGUCGGAUAUACAGUACCAACUAGAAAGUCCAGUCCGACCAAAACGAGAUGUCACAGGAGCAUGACAAUAAGCGGGCAGUGCUCGUGCUACAGAAUGAUCCAGCCUACAGCCAACGUCGUAACUUCACCAGUGACGAUGAAGCAUGGAAGUCCUUUCUGGAGAACCCUCUUACAGCUGCCACCAAAGCCAUGAUGAGCAUCAAUGGAGAUGAAGACAGUGCUGCUGCUUUAAGCCUUCUUUAUGACUAUUACAAGGUGCCACGGGAAAAGAGGACAAUAUCCCAGCCAAAGGCUGACAUCCUAGGCUCUGAUGUGGAUCCCAACAAAAGCAGGAACCUCAUGGCUCCUCUCCCAGAGGCCUCAAUGACAUCACCUGAGAACAGGAUCCAGGUUCUGAAGGGAGUCCCGCUGAACAUCGUGCUCCCUGGGAACCAGCUGGUGCAGGACAAGAGGGCACUCUUCCCCUCACCCGACACCACAGUCACUGUGUCUAUCGCUGCUAUGCCCAGUUACCCUGUAAAGACUGAAGAGCCAUCACAUGCUUUUUCUGUCUCCGUGCCCAACCCACACUGCUCUGAGCCUGACGGUCAUGCAGUGGCAUUCGAUCGUCAGCUCGCCCACAGUCAGUUCAGCCCCAACCCACAGCCCCGUACACCAGACUCUACCUUCCCUGAGACCUUCAAGGAAGGGGGUCAGGAGGUGUUCUCGUUCCCAGGGGAUCUCCAGUUACGGAUGGCCACUAUUGCACAAGAGGACUAUCCCGCCUUCGACACCAUGUCGGGUAAUAAUUUUGAGUACACACUGGAAGCCUCAAAGUCCCUCCGGCAGAAGUCAGGUGAUGGCACAAUGACAUACCUCAAUAAGGGCCAGUUCUACCCUAUCACUCUAAAGGAAACAGACAACAGCAAAGUCCUUCACCACCCCAUCUGCAAAGUCAGGAGUGUUGUGAUGGUAGUGUUCGGUGAGGAGAAAUGUAGGGAUGAUCAGCUCAAGCACUGGAAGUAUUGGCACUCCAGACAGCACACAGCCAAACAGAGAUGUAUCGACAUCGCUGACUACAAAGAAAGCUUUAAUACCAUCAGCAACAUUGAGGAGAUUUCCUACAACGCUAUCUCUUUCACAUGGGACAUCAAUGAAGAGGCAAAGAUCUUCAUCUCAGUCAACUGCCUGAGCACAGACUUUUCCUCUCAGAAGGGUGUGAAGGGUCUCCCACUGAACCUGCAAAUUGACACAUACAGCUACAACAACCGAAGCAACAAGCCUAUUCACCGUGCUUACUGCCAGAUCAAGGUGUUUUGUGACAAGGGGGCAGAGAGGAAGAUCCGCGAUGAGGAGCGCAAACAGUCACGCAGGAAGAGCAAAGCUGAUGUGAACUUGGCUCCCUUUGUGGAUGCCAAAAUGUCUAUGAUGCACAAGCGUAGUGAUAUCACUGUGUUCAAGAUGAUGUCAGACCUGGACACUCAGCCUGUCCUCUUCAUCCCAGACAUACACUUCGCAAAUUUCCAGCGCCACCCUUUCUCAACUGAAGAUGCAGAAGAUGGCUCAGGCUCAGGAAUGAAAAAAUUACCCUACUUAGAAGAUGAGUUUGGAUCUCCUCCUAAUAAGAUGGCCAGGGUUGAUGAACCAAAAAGAGUAUUGCUGUAUGUGCGGAAAGAGAGCGAGGAGGUCUUUGAUGCCCUCAUGCUAAAGACUCCUACACUGAAAGGACUGGUGGAAGCGAUUUCAGAGAAGUAUGAGGUUCCUCUUGAGAAGCUAGGGAAGGUAUACAAGAAGUGCAAAAAAGGAAUCCUGGUCAACAUGGACGAUAAUAUUAUCAAGCAUUACUCCAACGAAGACACCUUUCAGAUCCAGAUGGAGGAAAUAGGUGGAAUGGUGAAGCUCACUCUCACUGAGAUUUAAAAGGCAUCCUCCCCAAAUAUGGACUGUUUACAUACAUCUAUGUCUGUGUCCAUGGCCUUGGAGGUACCUCAGGCCUUUCAUGCACUUCUUAUAUGUGGUUUCCUACAUGUUGCUAAGCCUAAGGGUUUCUCCUCAAAUCCUAUUUUGUGUGUGCAUCUAUGACAUGAGAAGUGUAUGCCAAACUAUGCAAGUGUGAAAAGAGAUUGGAGGGGGAAAAUGUACAUGCUUUGAGAUAUAUAUAUAUAAAUCCUGAAGUUUUGAGCCAUAUGUUCUAUUUUUGGAAUGUAUAAAAAGCAAAUACUCUGUCUUUAAUAGUCUGAGAAUCUGAGAAAGAUUUACUCAAAAGUAACAUAUCCUAAUAUUUAAUUGGUGUUACAGAGCUUUAAAACUAACUGCACUGGAGAUCCUGAUAUUUAAAGGUGAGAGCUAAAUUCAGGCAGUAAAUGGGGUAUUGUUGCUGUUAGAGGGAUUCUAGGGCAUUCUCACUGGUUUCUGUAUUUAUACAUAAACACUGAGCAGUAUUUAGUAUGUACAGCAUAACCCUUUGCUGAACAGCUCGAUGAGGAUCUGUGUCACCAGUGUUGCUUGUGUACGUAUGUGUGAAUAAAUGCAUAUUAUGUUUCUAUAUACAAAUGUGAUACACAAUUAAUAUGUCCUUAAAGUAAAUUCUGCAGAAAGUUCUUGUUCUGCAUUCAAUUGAGGAAUUUUUUGUUUUGUUUUGAGGAAUUAUCCAAAAACAAGCAGAGGAACAUGAAUUCCAUGUAGAGUUCAUGCAGAUUUUUGCUAGAUGAGGAAUCCUAAUAAAUAAAUUGUUCAACAAGACACUAGUCAGACACUAUUGAUUUUAAUGAAAAAAUAAUAAUUUUGUGGUAUUUUUUAUUCUGAUCUAAAGAGCUUUCCCUGAAAAUAAGUUUCUAAAACAUCCCAACAAUAAUAAACUUUUCCAACACAGCAGGAUAAAUUACUCAUACAGAACCAGAACUACCAUGCAAGACAUGACAUGCAAGAGUUUCUUGAUACACCGUGCCAAGUCAAUAGUAUUACAUUUAGACUAUCAGUAGCUUUAUUCAGUGUCCAUGGAUCAUUGCUUCCUCUUAAAUUUGGUCUUUAUUUUUGUCUUUAGCGGUCAUUCUAUUUGGAGUCUUUUUUUUAACUACAGACUCUAUAGCAUCAGGGUUUUUAUCUACUGACUUUUUUUAUUAAAGUACUUAUCUAUAUAUUUAUUGUAUUAUGGGUGGGGUAUUUUUUUUAUAUUGUUUUGCAAAAUGUGCAUUUCUGUUAUAUACUGUUACAUGUUAAAUGCUUUUUAUAUGGAAUCAACACUAUAAAACUAUGAUGUAUUUAUGCACAGGGUAAAUUUGUAUUUCUGUCAGCUCCUACAGUGCUAUUUGUUGAUCCUUACAGCUACAUCUUAGACUUGAUGUUAGGGUCAUCUGGCAAUGUAUAUCAGAGUAGAAAAGAUUCAAAAAUAUUCUUUGUUGUAUUUCUUUAGCUGUUAUUAUGUGCACACAUUUUCUUUUAGUCGCAAUAAAAAGCAGCUUGGCUUGGCUGUUGUGAUUA